AUGGCUAGUGAGGAGAGUUUUGUUGUUUUGGUGCACCACAGAGGAUCUGUUAAUAGAAAAACUCGUUCCGGAGUAAAGUUCACAGAUAAGAAUCCUCUAUGUAUUGUCAUAACAUCUACGACGAGUUACGAUGAUCUUGUUAGCGCUGUACUAAUGAAGCUUGGUCUGGAGGGUGCGAAGCAGGUAAAGAAGUUUUUCUAUCGCAUUCCAGUCACGGUGCUACAGAAUACGGUGAAGUAUGAUUGCUUCACGAUUAAUAAUGAUGCGGACCUGCAAGUAAUGUUUCUCUGUCAGCGGCAGUUUCCGGAGGUGAGGACACCGGAGUUGUUGGCCCGGCUGGUUGAUGUUGUAUCCAGCUCCGGCGGUUCGAACAGGAAUACGAACACUAUAGCGAAUGCAACAGGUUCUAGUUCCCGGCCUGCCGUUGCUUCCUCGUCCGUCCCUGUGUACGAACCAGUGGUCCAACAUGUCGCCUCCCCAUCUUUCGCUGUUGACCUCAAUGCCACCGAAGGCGACGAGGUAGUGGAAAGGGAAAAUUUGCCGAACGCUUUAGUGGGAGUUGGACCUGUUGGCGUAGGAGACGGUUUUUUGGACGAUGAAGACGAGGAUGACGUCGAGCCGGAUAUGAUUGACGAUGAUAGCGCUGAUGAUAUUGGAGCGACUGGGCCUGCAUUGGAGGUAGGUGGUUCUAGCUCUGGCACACAGCAGUAUCCACCACAUUUUUCCUCGUUGGACUUGGACGCCAUGAGACAUGAGGGGGUUUUAGGGCACGCUGUUGGAUUCGGAGCUAGAGAUGCGGAAGGGACUACUGGUCUGACAGAGUUCCAGGUUGGUCAGCAAUUCCAGGAUAAAGAUGAGGCCCUUUUAAGUGUGAAGACUUACAGCAUCCGGCGAGGGAAGCGCAAGGGCAUUUGGGAGGUCAAACGGUACAAUGGACCUCACACUUGCCUGGCCACAUCCAUCUCUAGUGACCACAGGAGUUUGGAUUAUCAUGUGAUUUCAGCUUUCAUUAUGCCAAUGGUUAGGGCCGAUGCAUCCGUGAGCAUCAAGGUGCUCCUGAACGCCACGGCAGCGCACUUUGGUUUUAGGCCGACUUACCGGAGGGUUUGGAUGGCGAAGCAGAAAUCUAUUGCCCUCAUAUACGGUGACUGGGAUGAGUCCUACAACGACCUGCCUAGGUGGGUCUUGGGUGUCCAGCUGACGAUGCCUGGGAGUGUUGUGGUCCUGAAGACGAGCCCGGUUCGAGUUGGAGGACAGGUGGACGAAUCUCAAGCGUACUUCCACAGACUUUUCUGGACUUUCCCGCCCUGCAUCGAGGCAUUCCGUCAUUGCAAGCCGCUAAUCAGCAUUGACGGCACACAUUUGUAUGGGAAGUAUGGGGGAACGUUGCUCAUCGCGAUUGCACAGGAUGGGAACUCCAACAUUUUACCUGUGGCAUUCGCACUAGUAGAGGGUGAGAAUGCGGAAUCCUGGACAUUCUUUCUCUCACACCUUCGACAGCACGUGACCCCGCAGCCCGGUCUGCUGGUUAUAUCGGACAGGCACAACGGCAUUAAGGCUGCGCUUGAGGCCCCUGACGGCGGUUGGCUACCGCCAUCUGCGUACCGUGCAUUCUGCAUACGACACGUAGCGGCUAAUUUUGCCCUAACCUUCAAGGGCAAAGACGCUAGGAGGCUACUAGUGAAUGCGGCGUAUGCGAAGACCGAGGUUGAAUUUGAUUACUGGUUUGAUAUCCUGCGAUCUGAAGAUCCGGCGAUGUGUGAGUGGGCGAACCGGAUUGAUUACUCGUUGUGGACUCAGCAUCGUGAUGAGGGGCGGAGAUUCGGUCACAUGACGACGAACAUCUCCGAGUGUGUGAACUCUAUCCUGAAGGGGGUCAGAAAUCUCCCUGUAGCAUCCCUGGUGAAGGCAACAUAUUGUAGGCUUGCGGAACUGUUUGUUCGCAAGGGGAGAGAGGCUGAGGCCCAGAUGGGAACAGGAUAA